AUGAGCUCGUAUGAGGAAGAGGACUCCAUUCGGGAUGAGGCAGUCAACUUGCUGCGCCAGAGUCACAGGAGCUCAGCAUCGUCUAACGCAACACCGGUGGUACACCAUCAAGCUCGAUUCCGCAAACUCAUCGGUUUCGCUGUUCUGAGCUUCGUCGUAGUGCUCGCUUUUGCUGCGGGCGCACAUCACGACUCGAUCAAGACGAGCAUACAGUCUGUCUAUGCUCCACCUGCAACGAACAAAGCCAAGCAAGCGCUCGGCAGGACUCAUGCCACCACUCAUCUCGCUUGCGGUCGCGGUCAGAGUUCGGUCGAUGUGCCACAAGGGCAUACAUCGAGCGAUGGCAGGAUACCCACCGUUGUACUCAUCGCUCUCAAUACGACCGAGGACUUGCUUUCCGAGCCAUCAGAGCGUACCUUCAUCUCCCGCAAUAGAUCUGGCCUCUCGCUCAUUGACCAGCCUGACAAACCGCUUUCGGUAGACUUUGCCGAUGACGCCGCAUGUCAAGCGCACUAUAUACCCAGCAUAGACACGGAUGCAGCUGCCCUGAAGGCGACUGUUCAGCCAGACGAAGUCAUGCUCUGCCUCGCCACACAGCCACAUAGAGUCGAGACUUUCCUCAAUGUCUGGGCAGCGUCAUUGCCCCCGGCUUCGAGCGUAGAUGUAGCUCUCUCAGCUGUCGAUCAUACCUCGAAUGGCACAUUAGCACAAGGCCCGACGCCAAGGAUUCUGAUUCUCAAGCAGCCAAUAGCAGUUCCAUCAGAAGGAUGGGACAGUGAUUUGACGGAUGAGCCCUUUGAAGACGAUGGGGUCGAACUUGAGGAGCUGGCCCAAGCUGAUGAGUCGCCCUUCCAAGAAGCGCAUAAGCGGCAAAACCGACAGCAGGACGUGAUCGGCAAUCGCACGCUUGCACUUGCGAGUAGAAUCGGUCUAGAUCUAGUCUACAACGACCAACUUGCAGAUCGAUACGAGGAGCGGUUCUUCCAGCUCGUCCUGCGCGCUUGGGAGAACGACGAGCAGGACAGAGCUAGAGGACACGGCAAAAAAUGGUUCAUCCUUCUUGACGACGAUACAGCCAUCAUCAACUUCUCCGGCCUGCUCAGUAUCUUGAGCCAGUACGACCCUGCAGAGAAGCACUUUGUGGGCGGGCUAAGUGAAUCGAAAGAAGCCUUGCAUGGCUGGGGCGUGUUCGGCUAUGGCGGGGCAGGUAUUGCGCUCAGUCAGGCGAUGGUCGAGGCGAUGAACAAGCCUGACAUUGCCGCAGAAUGCCUGAGCCGCGGAAAGACAAUCUUCGGAGGCGAUGGCAUCGUUGCAGCUUGCGCAGAGUACAUGAUCGGCAAGCCCAUUACCUCGUUCAUGCAAGUCGAGAGCACAAUGCGCCAGAUGGAUUUCGGUCCAGAUAACACGGGUUACUUCGAGGCUGGUCUCGCGAUCACAACGCUGCAUCACUGGCUUGCGUGGUUCUCGAUUUGGCAAGAUACAGAGCACUACCGACGCGAUCGGCUACAGUCUGUGCUCCUCAUGCUCUCUACCGCUCGUCAGCUCGGUGGUCAUAACUGGGGCAGACGAUACUUGUUCGACGAAAAUCGAACGAUGAUCACGCUGGGCUACUCGGUCACGCUCUACAAGGAGCCGCUCACGGCAUCGGAUCUAGAGAAGAUCGAAUGGACAUGGGCACCUGAUCGAGAGCUAUAUGAUCCUGUGCGACCCCCCUUGGAAGCUACCGACAAGUCUUCCUACCUAUUGACGAUGAUCAAGCAAAUCCGAGAUCCUAGCUUUGCACUUCCUUCACUCCUGAUGAGACAUCACAACCAACUUGGCGAGAUGAUCCAGGUGAUCUGGCAGCCUACCACGGAGGCAUUCAAGCUGCAUACAGCGGAAGCACGAUUGCAAUGUCUCGGAGACUGUGACAUGAACAAUCGGACGGUAUGGCAACAGACAUCAGAUCAUGCUUUCGUCUUGAUCUCUGCAAUCAGAUGA